AAGUGAGCUACAGAUCUCGCAAAGCGCACCUAAUAUCACAGUUAUAUCAAUAUAACAUCAUAUAACCUCAAAAAUUUAUAAACAAGAGGAAAAACUAUUUAAUUUUUUAAAAUUUGAAUAAAUGCUAUUUUAAAAAUUUGAAUUAAAUGAUUCAAGAACGGUGAUGCGAAGAGUUUAAAGGAAAACUCGCUGUUUUUACGAUAAUAAACAAUGGCAUCGCCAACAACGUCAUCGGGAAACCAAACAUCGUGCGAGCCGUAUCGGCUCACAUAUGCCAAGCCGUCCUUUGACAGUCACGAGAUGGCCCUUGCGAGUCGCAAGGAUCUAUGGCACAAGUUUAUUAUUUUUGACGGCGCCCUGUAUGGACGAACCGACAUCCUGCGCGCUGUAAUAACUGCCUGCGAACCAGCGGCCUUAGUACCGAUUAUGUACACCAUCGAGGAUAAAAAGAAAAGUAGUUUUCUGGCGAAAUGCAGCAGCAAUACCAUAGAAAAUAUAAUGAAGCAAGGGUUGUGCGUAACGUUGCCAGGUGGUCAAGAGUUGUACAUGGACAUUGUAUUAGGAUUUCUUAGUAUGCAGGAGUUGCAAGUGAAUACAAACAGAGUCAUAGCGCAGGCCUUAUAUGCUAGAUAUGAACCAGUGAAGAAGAUAUUCAAUCUGGACGACUUUGAAAAUGAGAAGACACUGGGUUCGAUAUUCUGUCCCAUUUCAAUACCGAAAAUUCUGGAUAUGGUCCUACGUUGUAGCAAAAUGGGGAUUAUGGGCAACAGUCGCGAGUCCCAGCAGUCGCGAUUACCCGUUCGCGAAUUGAGUAUGAAGUACAAUAAGCUCACAGCUAUCAUUCUGUUUGACAAGUUCUUCAAUUAUCAUCUGACUAAACUAGACUUGAGGCACAAUCAGAUUUUGGAUGUGGAAUAUCUACGUUAUUUUUGCGAGUUCAAAAUAAGUGAACUUUGGUUGGAUGGAAAUCCAUUAUGCACAAAGUACACUAACUCUCAGGAGUAUAUACAGGCGGUGAAAAACGUUUUUCCACAUUUACAGAAGUUAGAUGGAGUUGUAAUAGGAAUGGAGAAGAAAUUUGUGCCAAGCGUACAAAGUAAUUAUCUCGGUAAUGGAACAAGAAUAUCUCUGAUCAAGCAGUUUGUCAAGCAUUUCUUCACGCUAUACGACCAAGAAGAUAGGAUAGUUAUGAAUGGUCUAUAUGACAGAAACGCGUUCUAUUCUAUGACAUUAGGUACUGUAACAAAUCAUGUACAUAAAGAAAUUGUCAAGGCAUUUUCCACAAACAGAAACUUACUGAAAUUUGUCGAUUAUGCUAAAUGUAACGAAUUUCUAUUUUCGGGACCCGAAAAAAUAAUUAGUGCCUUACAACGACAGCCACCAACAACACACAACUUCAAAACAUUUUAUAUUGACUUAUUGCAUGAAGAAGAUAAUUACAUAGUCAUUUCGGUGCAAGGAUUAUUUUCAUAUCGAGUAUUACUCUGCCCACCUAUGUUGUUCAACAGAACUUUUAUCAUCAUAAAAAAAGAAGAUAAUGAAUACUGUAUUGUCAAUGAUCAAUAUUAUGUUGAUGGUACACCGGCCAAUGCAUUUAAUGAAACAAAGUUUGAACAAAAACCCGCGCCUAAAUUUACUCCAACAGUACUCAGUGUGUCAGAAAAAGAACAGCUGCUUAGAUUUUUACGUGAGCUUACUACAAUGAAUAUUCGAUAUUGUUAUAAAUAUCUUCAAGAUGCAAGCUGGGACAUAAGAAAUGCAAUCACUACAUUUAUGAAGAAUUAUGCUGUUAAUGAUGUUCCUCCAGAAGCUUUUCAAUAGAUUUCAAUGUAUUCUAGAAGAAUGUAAUUUUGUGUAAAUAUAUAUGUACAAUAUAUAUUUUUUUAA